AUGUAUUGUGUGAGUUCUGUCCAGUUGGUUAGUGAUGCAAAAUCCAGUAUUUUUUUCAGUCCAAAUACUACUGUCGAGGUUAGGGAAGAAGUUUGUACACAACUAAAUAUUGUGGUUGAGGCAAUGACGGAUAAGUAUCUUGGAUUACCCUCUCAUGUGGGGAUUGAGCGUAGUGAUUGUUUCCAACACUUGAUUGAUAGAGUCUGGGCUCUAAUUGAUGGGUGGAAUGCGAGGAUGCUCUCUGCGGGAGGGAAGGAAGUUUUGUUAAAAACAGUUGCACAGUCCAUUCCAGUUUAUGCUAUUAUCAUGUCCGGAUUAAAGACCCUAAAAAGAGGUGCUAUUUGGAGACCAGACAAUGGGGCAAGUAUUUAUAUUUGGUCUGAUCUUUGGAUCCCUACUGCCCAUGAUAGGCGUACGGUACAAGAUCUUAUUGAUCCACAUACGGGAGAGUGGGAUGUACAAUUGGUACAUGACAAUUUUUGGCCAAUUGACGUUACAAGGAUUUUGAAAAUUCCGCUUCCAUCCCAAGAGCAACCAGAUUUCAUAGCAUGGCAAUUAUGCAAGUCUGGGAGAUUUACUGUCCGUUCGGCUUAUCAUGCGGAAUGGAAAGCGGAGUAUCGAACUAGAGCGGGUAUUAAUACUGGUGUGGGAAGAAGUAUGUCACAUCCGAUAGAAAUUACUUUGGGAUUUGAGUAUCCCCCCAAAGACCAUAUUUUUAUUUGGAGAGCUCUACACGGAAUUGUGCCCUGUUGCUGUAAUUUAGCGAACAAACACAUUAAAACUCCAGUGACUUGUCCGAUGUGCAAGGUAGAUCCUGAAGACCUGAAUCACAUGUUAUUUAUCUGUUGCAGAGCUAGAGAGGUAUGGAAGGAACUCAGCCUAGGCGUGAAUGUGGCCGCAAUUGCUGAGCAGCAUAGGUCCGCGGCCAUGGAAUAUGAACCGAAUGCAAUGGACGCUCCAACGAUGGAGGCGUUUGCACUAUUAUUAGGACUACGACUUGCUAAGGAGAUGGGCAUUUUUUCUUUGUCCAUUGAGAGUGAUUCUAUGGAGAUUGUUCAAGCUAUUCAAAAUCCGGAUGACUACCGGGCGUCAAGUGCGGUAAUUACUGACGAUUGUCGAAGGUUGAUGAGUUCUUUCGGCAAGGCGACAAUAAAUCAUUGUGUGCGUGAUAGAGCUUACUUGGAUUCAUAUCCAGGUGUCCAUGAUGCCGGUAUUGGGGUACGAGGGCGCACCUCCAGGGCAGACUACCGGCAGUUGAUGAAGUGCAGGUCUCUUCUAGAGUACAUGGGGGAUGAUUGCAAGGUGUGCGAGGAGAGUGGAGGGCGUUGUCGGAUCAACACCACCUAUGAUAUCUUCGAGUGCCACUGCUCCGACCGCAUUUCUCCGUCCACCUGUGGUGAGCUUCACACGCAUAAUAGUGGCAGUGAGUUUGACCUGUGCAAAAAUGAUGCACCGAUUUAG